AUGGAAUCAAGGAACCUCACGUGGGUAUCAGAUUUUAUUUUUCUAGGGCUCUCACAAACUCAGGAGGUCCAGCUUUUCCUGUUUUUGGUGUUCCUGUUUGUUUACAUCACCACUGUGGUGGGAAACCUACUCAGGAUAGUUACAGUGACCUCUGACUCCCGGCUCCACACACCCAUGUACUUUCUGCUCCAAAACCUGGCUGUCAUAGACCUCUGUUUCUCUUCAGUCACUACCCCAAAGAUGCUGGUGGACUUCUUUCAUGAGACCAAGGCCAUCUCCUAUCAGGGCUGCAUGGCCCAGGUCUUCUUCUUCCACUUUCUGGGAGGUGCCUUGGUCUUCCUCCUCUCGGUGAUGGCCUAUGAUCGCCUCAUUGCCAUCUCCCGGCCCCUCCACUAUGUCACCAUCAUGAACACGCAACUGUGUGUGGGGCUGGUGGUGGCUUCCUGGGUAGGGGGCUUUGUUCACUCCGUUGUCCAGCUGGCUCUGAUGCUCCCACUGCCUUUCUGUGGCCCCAACAUCUUGGAUAAUUUCUACUGCGAUGUUCCCCAGAUGCUGAGACUUGCCUGCACUGACACCUCCCUCCUGGAGUUCCUCAUGAUCUCCAACAGUGGGAUGCUGGAUGUCAUUUGUUUCUCUCUGCUUCUGAUCUCCUACUUGGUCAUUCUGGUGAUGCUGAGAUCCCAUCCUGGGGAGGGGAGGAGGAAGGCAGCUUCCACUUGCACCACCCACGUCAUUGUGCUGUCUAUGAUCUUCAUUCCAAGCAUUUACCUCUAUGCCCGGCCCUUCACCCCAUUCCCCAUGGACAAGGCUGUGUCCAUCAGCCACACGGUCAUGACUCCCAUGCUCAACCCUGUGAUUUACACCCUGAGGAAUAAGGAGAUGCAAGCAGCAGUGAAGAGAUUAGGGAGGUGUUGGCUGGUUUGGAAAGCAGAGUAA